AUGUAUGCGCAUGUCUGCCUGGCAACUUCCGUUGUCUAUGAAGUUAGUAUUCUCACUUUCCUUCUCAGUGUCUCUUAUCGUAUAGCGUUUAAUUUCUUUCUGCAGUGCUUCCGCUUCCUUGAGUCUAUUGUGGAGUUUAAAUCAAACUUUCUUUUUCUUUCUUUCUUUCUUUCUUUCUUUCUUUCUUUCUUUCUUUCUUUCGUUUAUUAUCUAAUAUUUCAUUAUAUUUUCAAAAUAUCAUUCGUCGUUACGAUUUCUUCUUUUUCUUCAUUCUUUCCUUCUCUAUUUUAUUUUACCCUUUUUUCCUCUGAUUUCUUUCCUACUUGUGAGAUAAAGAGCUUCACUAUCGUUUAUUCUUCAGCCGAUUAUUCUUAUACUGACUUAUUCUUAGACAUGAAUUUUGAUCUUUUUCUUUCUUUUUAUAUUUCUUUCUUUUUGUAUUCCUUUCUCUUUCUUUCUUUCUGUCUUUUUCUUUAUAUCUUUUUAAUAUUCCCUUCUUUCUUUCUCGCUUUCUAUUUCUUUCCUUCUAUUUUUCUUACUUUUUUUCCUUUCUUUCUUUCUUUCUUUCUUUCUUUCUUUCUUCUUUUCCUUUCUUGCUUUUUUUCAACCGCUCGACUCUUUACGUCAGCGUUCGGGGGUAAAUUUCUAUUCACUUGUGAAUAG